UGGGCGAGAGCGGGGGAGAACGGGGGUGAGCACUACUGCCGCAGGAGCGACGCUGCAACGUGAGCAGUGAAUCACGGCCGCAGAACGCAGGUCGCGUCGCAGUCAAGUUCAGUGCGUGGACGGUGUCACAAGGGUGCAGACGUGUCUUCUGCUGAACCGUUGCUUACGCUGCUGUGAGUGAGUUGCUGCUCGUCGCUUCAAAUACAUCCUCUCAUCGUCCAUUGCCAUCGAGGCUUCUUCUUCGCUCAGGAUUGUUCUACAUCACUGUUAAUCAGGCUCAGUCAUGGCUCAGCUACAGAGAUCAUGCCUUCCUAUUGUGGACCAAGGAUGCUGCUGCGAUUUGAAGACUUGCUGCAAGGUGCAGGGCUGGAUCCAAGUAGUUGGUUCUUCACUUUCAAUCAUCGCCGCCAUCAAUGACUUUGCCACCACCUCAGCCAUUUGCCAAAACGUCGCCAUGGCAGGUGGAGACUGUUCCACUGACGGUCGAAUUGCCGCCACCCAUGCGAUCCAGGGGAUCAAUUUCAUCGCGCACGUCAUCUUCUUGGCCGUCGCGAUUCUCUUCCUCGCGGGCAUCCACAGGGGUGAGCCUAGCAAGAUGGUGCACUACAUUCGCAUGAUAUGGGUCCAGCUCUUCUGGUCCAGCAUCUUCGCCAUCGUCGGUGCUGUUGUAGUCACACCCUUAUUCCUUAUCACCUUCGUGUUCCUGGGUAUCACCGUCUACUCCCUCAUCUGUGCCAACAGCCUGCACAUCCUGAUGCUAGCAGAUCAACAGGGCUCGUACAUUCAUCGAGUGUAAUGCUGCAGAACGGUCAUUUUCACCGCGUACUCUCGCAGUGGUUUGUUUCCGCAUUUUCUUUACCCUGGUACUUCUCCUAGCAUUCUUGCAGUGUUUUUGUUUUCUUAUGUAUUUUCGUGUUUCGGGGCCUGGCUGUACCUUCUUAUCCAGUGCAUUGUCGGGGUGACUUUUUUUUAUUUUUGUAUGUUUCUGGUACUGGUCGGACAUUUUCUCCGUGCGUCCUCGCGGGGCUUUUUCUUUAUUUUCAAUUGUCCUGGUCUUGACCUUUAUGUUCUCUAGUUUGAGCUAUAUGUAGUAUGGCAAUGUAAUCGAAUUAAAACGUGGUAAAUUAA